CGGAGAAGGCUCCACUUCAGAGCCUGAGGCAGGUGGCAGCCUUGUAGUCGGGCCGGGACCUCGGGCUGGCACAAUGCGCGUGGUGGUGAUCGGAGCGGGCGUCAUUGGGCUGUCCACCGCCCUCUGCAUCCACGAGCGCUACCACUCGGUCCUGCAGCAGCUGGACUUGAAGAUCUACGCAGACCGCUUCACCCCGCUCACCAACACCGACGUGGCUGCUGGCCUGUGGCAGCCCUACCUCUCCGACCCCGGCAACCAGCAGGAGGCGCAUUGGAACCAGCAGACCUUCGACUACCUCCUGAGCCACAUCCAUUCCCCCAAUGCUGCAAACAUGGGCCUGGCCCCGAUCUCGGGCUACAACCUCUUCCAUGAAGCUGUUCCGGACCCUUCCUGGAAGGACAUAGUUCUGGGAUUUCGGAAGCUGACCCCCAGGGAGCUGGACAUGUUCCCCGAUUACAGCUAUGGCUGGUUCAACACAAGCCUGACUCUGGAGGGGAGGAGAUAUCUGCAGUGGCUGACUGAAAGGUUAACCGAGCGGGGAGUGAGGUUCUUCCAGCAGAAGGUGGAGUCUUUCGAGGAGGUGGCAAGAGGAGGCGCUGAUGUGAUUAUCAACUGCACCGGCGUGUGGGCCGGGGCGCUGCAGCCGGACCCGCUGCUGCAGCCAGGCCGGGGGCAGAUCAUUAAGGUGGAUGCCCCUUGGAUGAAGCACUUCAUCAUCACCCAUGACCUAGACAGAGGCAUCUACAAGUCCCCGUACAUCAUCCCAGGGAUCCAGGCAGUGACUCUUGGAGGCAUCUUCCAGCUGGGGAACUGGAGUGAGGUGAACAAUAGUGAAGACCACAACACCAUCUGGGAAGGCUGCUGCAGACUGGAGCCCACCCUGAAGGAUGCCAACAUUGUUGCUGAAUUGACUGGCUUCCGGCCAGUACGCCCCCAGAUUCGGCUAGAAAGAGAACAGUUUUGCUUCGGGUCUUCAAACACAGAGGUCAUCCACAACUAUGGCCAUGGAGGCUACGGGCUCACCAUCCACUGGGGCUGUGCCCUGGAGGUGGCCAAGCUCUUUGGCGAGGUCUUGGAAGAAAGGAAGUUGCUCAGGACUCAAGGUCGCCAGUCCUUUGAUGCCAACUGA